AUGGCGUUCGCGCUGCUGCGCCCCGUGGGCGCGCACAUGCUGUACCCCGACGUGCGGCUGCUGCCCAGCGAGGACGAGGAGAACCGCAGCGAGAGCGACGCGUCCGACCAGUCGUUCGGCGGCUGCUGCGAGGGCCUGGAGGCGGCGCGGCGCGGGCCGGGCCCCGGGGGGCGGACGGCGGGCGGGCGUCGCGGCGGGCGUCGCGGCGGCCCGGGCCCCGUGGUGGUGGUGCGGCAGCGGCAGGCGGCCAACGCGCGGGAGCGGGACCGCACGCAGAGCGUGAACACGGCCUUCACGGCGCUGCGCACGCUCAUCCCCACCGAGCCGGUGGACCGCAAGCUGUCCAAGAUCGAGACGCUGCGCCUGGCGUCCAGCUACAUCGCGCACCUGGCCAACGUGCUGCUGCUGGGCGACGCGGCCGACGACGGGCAGCCCUGCUUCCGCGCCGGGGCCAAGGCGGGCGCGGGGCCCGACGGCGGGCGCCAGCCCCAGCCGCGCUCCAUCUGCACCUUCUGCCUCAGCAACCAGCGCAAGGGGGGUGGCCGCCGGGACCUGGGCGGCAGCUGCUUGAAAGUGAGGGGGGUGGCUCCACUACGAGUGUCAAGGAGAUGA